UUACUGAGCCUCUACCUAGAAGAGGAAUACAUUAAAGGAGCGCAAGCCAACACAGUCCAAUGGAGAAAAAGCAUACAAGUACCAGCCAACUCUGGCUUCAGUAGAGGAGCAGAUUCAGAUUAGCAUGAAGGUUAUUCCAGUGGGACAUUCCUAAAGUCCACCCACUACUCCUCCCUUAAAAGAGAUUGAAUUUCCUUUGCUUAUUUUCACUGGAAGAGGAGUAGUGCACGUGUGUGUUUUCCAAGAAGAGAGUGGGACACCCUUUUGUGCUUUCUUUCUGAACGUGGAUUUACAGUUUGGUGCUCAGGGAACGAAUGAGCCCACAUUUCACAGUACCAAGAAAAAGACACAGCAUUUUCCAACUAGGAUUUAUGCUGAAAGAAGAAGGUUGCCUUGGCUUAGGGAUACGGGUCCCUUGUGUACCCCAGGAUUAUGGCCUGGCUGUUUGUUAGAAAUUGUUUCCCGAAAAUUGCCCCUGGAGGCAAACUGUUUUCUUACAAAAUGAGGGCAUGGAGCAAGGGAGCCCUGACUGCAUACAUGCCAGAGGCCACAUCUUUUCCUGGACCAAGGGACCACCAAGGGUUGUACCAGAUCUCAGUGGAGCAAACAGAUGCAUUCUGGGGAGCAGUAGGGAGAAGCCGGCUUCUGUGGAUCAAGCCUUUCCAUUCUGUCAGUUGCUGUAACCUACAGCAGGGCCACUUGUCUUGGUUUCUUGGAGGGCAGCUGAAUGUAGCAGUCAACUGUUUGGAUAGACAUGUCCACAAAGCCCCAAACAGAGUCGCCCUGAUCUGGGAGAAAGAUGAGCCUGGGCAAGAGGACCGAAUUACAUACAGAGAACUGCUAGAGAUGACAUGCCGCCUUGGGAACACUAUGAAGAGACAGGGAGUGAAGCGGGGUGACAGAGUCACCAUUUAUAUGCCCCCAUGUCCGAUGGCUGUGGCAAGUAUGCUGGCCUGUGCCAGGAUUGGAGCAAUACACACAGUGGUAUUUGCUGGAUUCAGCUCUGUUGCAUUGGCUGACAGGAUCCAGGAUGCUCAGUCGGAAACAGUGAUCACAGUGAACCAAGGCUUGCGAGGGGGCAAGGUUGUUGAGUUAAAGCAGACAGUGGACCAGGCUGUAAAACUUUGCCCAAUGGUGAAGCGAGUUUUUGUUUCAAAGAGGACGGAUGAGAAGGUUCCUAUGUCAGGCCUGGAUAUACCAUUGGAGGAGGAGAUGAGGAAAGAGGAUGUGACCUGUGAGCCCGUUGCCUUGGACAGUGAAGAUUUCCUGUUUCUCCUCUACACUUCAGGAAGUACUGGAAAACCCAAAGGACUGGUCCACUCCCAGGCAGGUUAUUUGCUGUACACUGCCAUCACACACAAGUAUGUAUUUGACUAUCAUGAUGGAGAUGUCUUUGGCUGCGUCGCAGACAUUGGUUGGAUCACAGGACAUAGCUAUGUGGUAUAUGGACCUUUGUGCAAUGGAGGAACUACAGUCCUUUUUGAGAGUACUCCAGUGUAUCCUAAUCCAGGACGUUACUGGGAAACUGUGGAGAGGUUAAAGAUCAAUCAGUUCUAUGGAGCCCCUACAGCUAUUCGCCUGCUGCUUAGAUACGGGGAUGACUGGGUCAAGAAAUAUGACAGAUCUUCCCUCAAAAUCCUUGGAUCAGUGGGAGAACCUAUCAACAGAGAAGCCUGGGAGUGGUACUUCAAAGUAGUUGGAAACGGACAAUGCCCAGUAGUUGACACAUGGUGGCAAACUGAAACAGGAGGCAUCUGUAUUGCUCCUCGUCCUUCAAACCCAGGAGAUGAGAUCCUUCCAGCCAUGGCCAUGAGACCAUUCUUUGGCAUCAGACCUUCCCUUUUGGAUGACAAAGGACAUGUCUUAACACAGAAUGAUGUCUCUGGAGCUCUUUGCAUUUCUCAGGCCUGGCCAGGCAUGGCAAGGACAAUUUACAAUGACCACCAGAGGUUCGUGGAGACCUACCUGAUGCCUUACCCAGGGUAUUUUUUCACUGGGGAUGGAGUAUAUCGGACAAGUAAAGGAUAUUACCAGUUGACAGGACGCCUAGAUGAUGUCAUCAACAUUAGUGGGCACAGACUGGGCACGGCUGAGAUAGAAGAUGUUGUGAAUAAGCAUGGGGCAGUGGCAGAGUCAGCUGUGAUUGGAUAUCCUCAUGAGCUCAAAGGAGAAGGCGCCUACGCAUUCAUCGUGCUGAAGAAGGGCUCUAAUCUCUCCCAGGAGAACCUGGCCUCUGAGCUUCAAGGACUCGUCUCAAAAGAAAUUGCAAAAUAUGCAGCCCCAGAAUAUAUUCAGGUAGCUCGGCGUCUGCCUAAGACUCGCUCAGGGAAGAUUAUGAGGCGGGUUUUGAAGAAGAUUGUUGAAAAUAAAGUGGAUGAGCUCGGGGAUCUAACAACUCUAGAUGAUCAUGAGGCAGUGAAAGAGAUUGUUGCAGGACACAAGAAACUUCUGCAAGAAGAACAGGGCCGGUAGCUCAAAUAUUCUCCCCUAACCCCCCCCCCCGCAAGGCAGCAUCAUUCAAAAGUUUUGUGCAAGCAGCAGCACUUCCACACCUGCAGUCUCUAGCAGAAGAGGGAGUUUAUUCACUGUGAAUAAAAAACCUCCAAAGCAACCAUCAAAAGCAUUUUUUUCCAAGAGGGGGAAAGAUUAUGUUGAUUAAUACUGGAUACCAAGGCUCUUUCCCUCCCCCUCCCCCCGAACCACUCCCAGCUGACUGUGUAUGUGUUCCAAGGCUUAUAUAUUGUAGCAGAAAGUUAGGAGUUUACCUUUUUGCAGCCCAAGUCUGCAAUGACGAAACUCCAAGUUAAAAAAAAAAAAAAAAACAACCUCCACAUUGAAACAGAUUUGCAAGACUUUGUCUGCUUUACUCCAAAUUCAGGUCUGUGUGUGUAAUCUUCAGUUUUUAUGACUUGAGGCUAUGGGCAGGUAGUUAACAAAGAAUGUACGAAUGCAGAAAACUACAUAGAAUAAUAGGAUGUACAGAUCUGGGACCUUACAGUGACUCUUUCCAGAUUCCAAACUUCUAAAUAUAGGACACACACGCAUUUCAAGCUUUCCUUUUCACAACCACUCUUUCACUUUAUUAUUCUAACAGAAUAAGGACUAGAAAUAUUCUUUUUAAAAAAUCCAAAUAAACCCCAAGAAUGUUUCCCUUGCAAAUUGGCAUUAGCCUAUAGAUUCUCCGCUAGAUAGCUAUAUCCCAUAGCACUGGUCAUGCACAAUUUGUAGUUUUUGACAGGUAUGCACAUCCCCAUCUGUCUCAAAGGGACACAUCCAGUCACUUCAGCGUGGCUUGGUACCUGCUGUAGGUAUGGAAGUCUGCUUCUGCACGUGUGCCAUGUACUGCAGCCUUGCUGAUUUCUUGUCUUCUGUGAGUCCUACCAGUUGCAUUUCUGCCCCUUCAAGGAAACUAAACAUGUAUCGGAAGUGCAUUGCUAUGGCAUGAAGGGCUGAGAUCUCCACCACUUUCAGGCUUCUUAAUAAAAGCUCAUUUGAUCUAAAAUAGAUUCCUCUUCUAAAGGAGAAUCUGUGAAAAAGCUACAUUUCUGGUAAACUUCCUAAACAACGCAAGUAUGUAUUUUUGCACUUGUUGACAACCAAGUUCUCUUCUCAUGGAGGCUCCUGGCUGAGGCAACCAAGCCAAAGCUCCCAUACUGAAACAAAUACAGCCUUCUCAGGCUCAGGUGAGAUGGACCCUGCUCCACUCGCUGACCUAGCGAGGACAGCCCAGCACAACUCCAGCAAGGUCCCUGCUGCAUUGCUUCAAUGUUGUUUUCACUUAAACAAGAUGCAAGGAGGGAAGCAGCAGAGUCCCCUGCCCUCCCUCUGGGAGAAUUAGUUAGUAGGAAAUACAGUAGUCAACGUACUGGAAGCCAUUUAUAUAAAAAGGGAAAAAAGAGAAAAAAGAAGAAAUCCCCAGCUCUUUCAAAACAAGCUGGAGGCCUUUUGGUCACAGAAGCCUUAUUGGCACCUGCUGGUUUUGAAUUCCAAAAUCUUUCAAUCGGAGGCUUCCUGUAAGGCGUGUUGAUUUCAAGGCACUUUGGUAUGUAACCCAGCCAAAGCUUUAAUUGCAUUCUUUUUGUGCAUGUCCAUGAUAGGUCAAGGAGUGGCUCAGUCUUUCUUGAUUCUCCUUAGCUCCCACUUCCCUUCUUCACACAGGUUCAAGAUCCAACUGUGAAACUGAAAUGAAGGAGUAAGUACAAACUGAUUGUUAUGGUUUUAAGAGGGACUUUCCCAUUCACACACCCCACCCACCUAUGAAGAAGCACUCUAGUGCAAAGGAGCCUCUCUUCCCCUGCAAUCUGACUUGAACAAAUGAAGUUUCUACCUUCCUACCUUUUCCAGGCUGCUGCGAUGUCCCACACUGACCAGAGUCAUCUCCAGCUGUGCACAGAUGCUGUACAGCUCAUUCUCUGCAUCCUCUGUCAGGGCGCUGGUAGCUUCAUCUAGCACUGCAAGCAAAAGACAGGAAUCCCCUCAAUGUGGUUCCAUUCAAGACUAUCCACGACUUACAGUCUUCUCCUCUUGAGUAAAGCCUGACAAAUAGGCAGUUGGUAGCUGCUGUUCACUAGUUGUUGUUUCUGUUACAAAAGGCCACUUUACACAGGAUUGGUAUAGUUGGGAGUUUUGAGCCUCUAAACCAGCAAGACAACAUAAGCUAGUUACAAAGCUCAGAAAAAGGUAGUUUGGGAUAAGUAGAUUAGAAAUUGUGCUGCUUGUCAUCAGUGAGAUCACAGGAACUAGCCAAUAGGUAUCCAAUGACCUUUGUGACACCAUUUUGUACACAGCAUUCCAAUUCAUAAGAGUGUUUUUUUAGGUUCACCUUUAAUUGUAUACUGAGUUUUGUUUUGUUUUUAAUUUCAAAAUUAUACAAUACAUUCCUUACUCCUACUGGGAGGAAGAGUGGGAUAUAAAAUAAAUAAAUAAAUAAUAGGACACCAACAUUUUCAAUUACUCAAAUAUUCAGUCCCCCCAUAUGGGAUUGACAGUACACUGAAAAACUAAUCCAGUUUUGAUCUCUUUCUAUCACAGUUCAACUCAGGUAAAUAAGACUGAGCAAUAACUGCUACCUGUUAACCAACAACAAAUCUGUUUUCAUCUCAAUUCUAACCUCAUUUCAUAAGACUAGUUUUUAGCGAUUACCUACUGUCAAAAUAAAAAGCAAACCAGGAGGCCUCAUAAUUAUGGAACUCUGAAAGCAAUCCAACAAUAAAGACACAACAUUUUAAAGUGUUACAGAUAUCACAGAGCUGUAGUAAUAAGCAAUGACAUCUCCUGGUGCUUCUCUGGAAAAUUUAGUCAGUGGGAUAGCAUUCCAGAUAAGAGGCAAUACAUGCUGAACAUUUCCUCAACUUAGAUAGAAGACCUUGGAUGGCCUGCAACAUGCAAUUUAGCUGGUUAUUUCAAAUCAGCAUGUGAAUUUCAGACUUCUUCACCUUCCAGCCAUAGUACAAUUCAGCUUUCUGCCCAUUUUCUUUCCCAGUCUACUUUUCAAAUCCCCCCCCGCGUCCUUGUCAACUUCUCUUCAUCGUUCUGGACCAAGAAAGAAAGAAUUCUUCUUUCCUAGACACCAUCUUUUCCCUUGACCUGUAUGCUCUGUUGGGUCUAUUCCUCUUUGUCUAGAAGAUUCUGCCUGCCUUGCUCUCCUCUUCCACUGAAAUGUAGUGGCUAAAUCAGCACCAAGCACACACUCUUAAGGAGUACAACCUGGCCAAUGCCAACUAAUAAUCUUUAGGAUCAGGGCACCUAAGCCAAUCACAACCAGAGGCCCUUUUGACUGCCCAGCCUCUCCAAAACCAGUAAAAAGCUGAUUCAAUCACAGCCACUGUUGCUACAAAAUCGCCUUUUGCAUUAGAGAUUCCUCACACAUAAUUGUUCACUCAUAAGCAGGAUCUUUAGCUCUGUUCCUCCCCACCGUAAAUUCCCUUCCUCACCUGCAUACUGGGGCUGUAGAUACAAGAGUCGGGCAAAGGACAGCCUUUGCAUCUCACCUGGAGACAAAAUAUCAUACCUGCAGCAAAAGCAAAGAACAAUUUGUUCAGGAUCUACCCGCACCACUCAACAUGAGCCCUGCUGCACAGUAACAGUAUGCAAUCUUACCAGUUCCAGUCCACUGGCUGGUCCAAACCGCCUGUCCUUUCUAGCAAAUCAGACUGCACCAAACAGAGAAGAAAACCAGAACUUAUUCCAGCCACAGUCAACAGUCUGCUAUGGUGGACACAAUCAUAAAGACAUCUUCUGUCUUAAUCCAGCCCAGCCAUUCUCAUCUAGUGGUCAACUCCAAAAUAUCAUUGACCAGCCCUUGGAAUGCAAAAUAGCAGAGCUACAUCAUCCAUCUCUGAAUUCAUGGAGCUCACACCACAUAUCUUGAUGGUAGAAGAUGGUAGAAGAUGCUGAGCUUUUACAGCCACUUUCUUCCCAAAAUGGGGAUGAGAAGCAACCCACCAUGUCAUUUAGUCUCUCAGCAACUUACCAGCCCAGUCAAGUCCAGGAACCUCAGAAUCCGUUCAUCAUCUGCAGACCCUAUUGUUCAAGAAAUUACGUUCAUGACAACAGAACAGUGGGGCCUCCCUUGCAUAGGGAAAGGUAGCUCUGAAGAUAACUCAGCAAAGGACAGGGACCUCUCUGGAUUUGGUUUUGCUUGCUUAAAUCAUUUUUAGAAGAUCUGAAAAGCUAACAGCUCACACCUAAAUGCAUCACAUGGAAGCCCAUCCUACUAUUAUCAACAGGAUGUAUUGCCACAUAAUACACAUAACAACUGUUGUAUUUUCAGUUCCAUCUGUGGAAUACACCCCCCACCAAGGUCUGCCUGGCGCCUUCUCUGACAUCUUUUCAGAGCCAAGUAAAGACGUACCCUUUUUCCCAGGCACUUGAUAGACUAAGAUGAUGUUGUGUUAUUAGUGUGCUGCCAAAGCUUCCUGUGGCUAUUGUCCUGUGGUUAUUGUGUUAUUAUAUAAUAUGAUAUGAUAUAUUGGUUUUUGUUUUUAACAGAGCUGUAAGUCUCUUGGAGACCUUUGGGUAAGCAAGAGACUAAUAAAUCUAAUUAGCAACACCAA